AUCAGGUACUUCUACCCCUCUUAGGCUUGAAUGUUGAAACAAUUUGAAAUAGACGUUUACUGCUAACGUGCUAGCAUUGUCUCAGUGAUAGCAUAAUCCUACCCUGCUUUCUUGGCCUCUGGGGACAAUGAAUCCUUUCAUACUCGUUCAAUAUAGGAACCUCCAUUAGCUCCACUACUCCCGAAAUCUUACUCCUUGGCUUCGGAUCUAUUUCGCCAAUGUAGGCGCAGCACCAGUCCGGUCGCUGUCACGGACCUUAAAAGAACAACGUCCCCUCCCUCCUUUUUAACCUAGCGUUUUGAUUCUCCCUCUGUUCCUGCCCUCCGCCUUCUUAACCUGUCCUAUAUUAAUUCAAAAGUUGCCUUUGUAGACUGUUCUCAAGAUGCCCUCCAACGAAGCCCUUACCCCUCUUCUUCGCCAGUUCCGUGUCUUGAUUGCCGGUGGCUCGUAUGGUGGAUUGAGUGCAGCUCUUACGCUCAUCGACCUUUCCAAGGGUCGUCUAGCUCGCUUCAACUUCAUAGCAGAUGCGAAACCACCUCAGCAUCAAAUCCCUAUUCAUAUUACUGUUGUAGAUGAAAGGGAUGGGUUUUAUCACCUAAUUGGCUCUCCCAAGGCUUUGGCAUGCGACAAGUUCGCUUCGAAAACUUGGACCAAAUUCAAUGAUAUCCCUGCAUUGAAAUCUUCGAAUUUGCAAAUUGUCCGCGGUAGUAUCAAUAAUGUGGAUUUCCAAAACAAGGUUGCGCAGAUCCUUGACCUUGAAACAAAGGAAACAAGGCAAGAAAAGUACGACUUCUUCAUUGCCGGCACAGGCCUUCGUCGAGUAUUCCCCACAGUCCCACAGUCUUUAAAGAGAGAAGAGUUUCUCAAGGAGGCUCUGAGCCAUAAGGAAGACAUUCGGAAUGCGCAUGAUGGCGUAGUCAUCAUCGGAGGAGGUGCUGUAGGGGUUGAGAUGGCAGCCGAGCUGAAGGAGCUCGACUCCCAACAGAAAGUUACGCUUGUUCACUCUCGCGAUCGUCUGCUUUCUGCAGAACCCCUGCCAGAUGAUUUCAAGGAGCGCGUCGUCACCAUUCUUAAGGAGGCUGGUGUUGAGGUGAUCCUGGGUCAACGGGUUAUCGAUACCACGGCAGUGGAAGCAGAGGACGGCAAGCGUAAAUGGAAUCUAAUUUUGGCAGACGGGAAGAAACUGCAGGCCGGUCAUAUUAUGAAUGCCGUUUCCAAGGGCUCACCUACAUCAUCGUAUCUGCCUAAGAAUGCCUUGAAUGAAGAUGGUUACGUUAAGAUCCGCCCGAACUUACAAUUCGCCAACCCAGUCCCCAAUGCGGAGCACCACUUUGCGGUUGGUGAUAUUACUCAGUGGGCUGGUAUCAAGCGCUGUGGAGGUGCCAUCCACAUGGGACACUAUGCCGGUACCAACAUCUAUCAGCUUAUGCUAUCAGAAAGUUUUAAAGUCAAGCCCGAGUUUUUAAAACUUCAGGAGCACCCACCCGUCAUCGGACUAGCUCUGGGACAUACUGCGGUGUCGUACAGCCCUGGCGAGGGUACUCAGCAUGGCAAGGAGCUUAGAGGAACUUUGUUUGGAGAGGAUAUGGGCUACACAAUUUGCUGGAACUACAUGCGGAUGUCUGAGCCAUGCCAAGCGUGAUUUCAUGGUUCAAAAGCGCUUCUUCCUAUAUGCACUCCUGCGUCUUGUAUCCAUGACUGAGCUGGAAUUUGGGUUGGAAAUGCAUCUACAUUUUUCACUCCAUUUACCCGUUCUUGCUUCUUCGUUUUCUUCUAAUCUAAGUUCGAUUGGCUGGGAAGGACAUGGCGGCCUGAAAAUGACUCAUGGGUUAUGGCGCUGUGAAUUUCUCAUAUUUAUGUCUUUUAAUAAUCUACUCGAUCUACAAUGAAUUUUUU